CUGGUGUUGCAAAAGCCAUAUUUUGGCUUGCAUCUUGUCAAUUUGAUUGUAAUAAAUAAUUUAUGAGUUAUGAAGGAUCCUAUUGAUAAUCAGGUGCCCAAAAAGAUCAAGCAUUUGCAGUUUGGCAUCAGCGGGCCAAAGGAAUUCGUCAAAGAUGCCACAGUCGAGGUUUUUAGCCGUGAUUUAUAUACAAUGACCGAUAGGUCACCAGCCGAACAUGGUGCCCUGGACUUGCACAUGGGUACUAGCAAUAAGCAAAUUACUUGUACCACAUGUGGUGAGUCAAUGGCCGAUUGUAUGGGCCAUUUUGGUUAUGUGAAACUUGCUUUACCUGUUUUUCAUAUCGGCUACUUUAAAGCUACAAUGACCAUUUUACAAAAUAUAUGCAAGGAUUGCUCAAGUGUUUUACUUACAGAUCCUGAGAAGAGGCAAUUUCUUAAGGAGCUUAGACGCCCUGGGAUUGAUAAUUUAAGGCGAUCUCAAGUUUGUAAGCGCAUUAAUGAUCAGUGUAAAAAGACCCGUCAGUGUCCUGUAUGCGAUUCUAUGCAGGGGGUUGUUAAAAAGGCUGGUCCUUUGAAAAUUAUUCAUGAACGUUUUCGUUAUGCUAGAAAAUCUCAAGAUGAUGAGGGCGAGUUUCGCCAUACCUUCGAUGAGGCUAUCAAGACUAUACCCGAAUUGAAAAUGCAUCUUACCAAAGCUCACGAUGAUCUUAAUCCCCUGAAAGUUUUGAAUUUAUUUAAGCAAAUCAAUCCAGUUGAUUGUGAGCUUUUAGGAAUGGAUCCAGAAUUCGGACGUCCUGAAAACUUAUUAUGGCAAUAUGUCCCUGCACCUCCUGUCUGUAUUCGCCCUUCAGUAGCUCAGGAAGGUGCAACUACUGAGGAUGAUUUGACUGUAAAAAUUACUGAAAUAGUUUGGACUAGUUCUCUUAUUCGCGCUGCUUUGAGUAAGGGCACUCCUGUCAGCAAUUUAAUGGAGCAAUGGGAAUUUAUGCAACUAUCAAUUGCAAUGUAUAUCAAUAGUGAAAUGCCUGGUCUACGCCCUUCUGAUAUGCCAUCGAAGCCAACACGUGGCUUAUGCCAACGUUUAAAAGGGAAAUCUGGUCGAUUUCGUGGUAAUUUGUCGGGUAAGCGUGUCGAUUUUUCUGGUCGAACUGUUAUUAGUCCCGAUCCUAAUUUACGAAUUGAUCAAGUCGCUGUCCCUUACCGUAUCGCAAAGAUUCUUACAUUCCCUGAAAGAGUUACUACUCAAAACAAACUAUUUUUACAACAAUGUAUAAAAAAUGGGCCGGAUGUUCAUCCUGGUGCUAAUUACAUUAUUGAUCGUGAAAGUGAUUUGAAGAGAUUUUUACGGUUUGGCAAUAGAAACCGUAUCGCUGAUGAUUUAAAAAUUGGUGACAUCGUCGAACGACAUUUAAAUGAUAACGAUGUUAUUUUAUUUAAUCGUCAGCCAUCCUUACACAAGCUCUCUAUUAUGGCUCACCUUGUAAAAGUGCGUCCAUGGAGAACCCUCAGAUUUAAUGAGUGUGUCUGUGGCCCGUAUAACGCCGACUUUGAUGGUGAUGAAAUGAAUCUUCAUGUACCACAAACUCAGGAAGCAAAAACUGAGGCUUUGGAGUUGAUGGGCGUCAAAAACAACCUAGUAAGUCCUCGUAAUGGUGAACCUAUUAUUGCAGCUACUCAAGAUUUUAUUACUGCUUCUUAUUUGUUAUCGUUAAAAGAUACCUUUUUAGAUAGAAAAACAUUUGCUAAUAUGUGCUGUUACAUGGUUGACGCUUCUGUACAUAUCGAUAUGCCACCUCCGGCUAUUUUGAAACCUCGCUGUUUAUGGACAGGCAAACAAUUAUUCUCUGUUUUGAUGAAGCCAAGCCGUUUCAGUCCUGUCCAAGUUAAUCUGGAUGCGAAAACUCGAUCAUUUAGCAGAAUUAAAUCCAAUACCCCUGAAAUGUGUCCAAAAGAUGGCUAUUUAAUGAUUAGAAACAGUGAAAUUAUUGCUGGCGUUGUGGAUAAAUCCGUAGUCGGUGAUGGAAAGAAAAAUUCUUUAUUUUACGUUAUCCUUCGAGAUUAUGGCUCGAUGGCAGCUGCUGAAGCUAUGACUCGAUUAUCAAAAAUGUGUGCUAGAUUUAUGGGUAAUCGAGGUUUCUCCAUUGGUAUUAGUGAUGUGCAGCCUGGACAAAGUCUUUCGCUUCAGAAAACGGACUUGGUUAACAAAUCCUAUGCCACGUCCGACGAUUUUAUUAUGCAAUAUGCGAAAGGUACUUUGGAAACUCAACCCGGUUUAGACCAAGAAGCAACUUUAGAAGCAAAGAUUUCUUCUACUCUUUCAAAAGUUCGUGAUGAUGUUGGUGAAAUAUGUAUGGAUGAACUGGGACCAAUGAACUCACCUCUUAUUAUGGCCACUGCCGGCUCGAAGGGUUCAAAAAUCAAUGUUUCUCAAAUGGUUGCCUGUGUUGGACAGCAAAUUAUCAGUGGUAAGCGUGUUCCAGAUGGUUUUCAAGAUAGAUCACUUCCUCAUUUCCACAAAAAUUCAAAGCAUCCUUUGGCUAAAGGGUUUGUUAGCAAUAGCUUUUAUAGUGGUUUAACUCCGACCGAAUUUUUGUUCCACGCAAUUUCUGGUAGAGAAGGUCUGGUUGAUACAGCCGUCAAGACUGCUGAAACUGGCUAUAUGUCUCGACGCUUGAUGAAAUCGCUCGAAGACCUCUCUUCCGCGUAUGAUGGUACGGUUCGAAGCUCCAACAGUGACAUUGUUCAAUUCUUAUACGGUGACGAUGGUUUGGAUCCUACAUAUAUGGAGGGUGAUGGACAAGCAGUCGAAUUUUCUCGUAGCUGGACUCAUUCUGUUAGUAUUUCUGAUGAUAAGCAUGACCAGCCCUUAUUUCCAUACCAAAUUAUUAAUAUUACAAAGUCUGCUCUUUCACAUCCCCGGUUUAUUCAAAAUUGCAAUGGAGAUUUUAUUGAAACAAUUCGGAAAUUCGUGACCGAGCUAAUCGCUAACCAAAUGGCCAAAGUUCGAGAAAAUCGCGGUUUAUCUCCUAUGCUUGAGGAACCGGAUUUAGACGAUAUGGAUGAUUUUGAGAGCGAUGAUUUCGCACCAGUUGCGGCUAGAAAGUCAGUGGAAAAUAUUAUACGAGUCACUGAGAAACAACUAAAUACAUUCUUGGACUAUUGCUGGGAGAAGUACAUGCGUGCUAAAGUUGAACCUGGCACAGCUGUCGGAGCUGUCGGAGCCCAGUCUAUUGGUGAACCUGGUACACAAAUGACGCUAAAAACGUUCCAUUUCGCUGGUGUUGCUGCCCAAACUACACUUGGUGUACCUCGUAUCAAAGAAAUUAUUAAUGCGGCAAAAACUAUCAGUACUCCUAUUAUCAGUGGCCAGUUGGUUAACAAUACAGAUGAACGCUCAGCUCGCGUUGUUAAGGGAAGAAUUGAGAAAACCUAUUUGAAAGACGUUACUAGUUACAUUGAAGAGGUCUACGGCCCUAUGUCUGCGUAUAUCGCCGUCCAAGUAAAUUAUACUACUAUAUCUAAGCUCCAAUUGGAUAUCACCUUAGCUGACAUAGCUGCUGCUAUAUGGAGUGAUCGAAAGUUGAAGAUUCCUUCUCAGCAGGUUACCGUGAAUAAUACUCUUCAGCAGAUCCAUGUUCAUACCUCCUCUGAGGGUAAGAGCGGCGAGAGUGAAUUAUAUUAUCGGUUGCAAAAUUACAAACGCGCUCUUCCUGAUGUGAUUGUGGCUGGCGUUCCUGAAAUAAAUCGUUCCGUGAUUAAUCAAGAAGCUGGAAAGAUUGAACUAUUUAUGGAAGGUUAUGGUUUGCGUGAAGUUAUGAACAUUGAAGGUAUAGUGGGCACAACAACAACAACAAAUCAUGUUAUGGAAAUGAAAGCAGUUUUGGGGAUUGAGGCUGCUCGUACCUCCAUUAUCUCAGAAAUCGGCUAUACGAUGGCUAAGCAUGGUCUUACUGUGGAUCCGCGUCAUAUUAUGCUUCUGGGUGAUGUUAUGACUUGUAAAGGCGAAGUUUUGGGGAUUACAAGAUUUGGUGUAUCGAAAAUGAAAGAUAGUGUACUGGCCUUAGCUUCAUUUGAAAAGACGACAGAUCAUUUAUUUGAUGCAGCUGCUCGAUUUGCUAAAGAUUCAAUUGAAGGAAUUAGUGAGUGUGUUGUACUUGGAAAAUUGGCGCCGAUUGGUACAAAUGUUUUCCAACUUAUCAGAAGGACUGAAGAAGAUGAAGAGCAGAAGCCAAAACGCCUCUUAUUUGAUACGCCUUCCUUACCUCAACUAAAACUGACUGCUUAAUUCCUUACCCUUGCAUUGUAUAAUACGAAGGCUUUUAUAAAUAUUGGUUUUCAAGGUUAUGUUUUGGUUUUUUUUGAUUUAAUAAUGAUACAUAGUAUUUUAGACUUGUUAACAUGGAAUUUAGUUGCAAUUAUAAAAUAAAAGGAUUUCCGGUAUUAAUUUAUACAUUUAAUAAUAUGGACUAAAAUAAAUUAAAUUCCAAAACCGU